GGCGGGCGAAGCACGAAAAGGACGGCGCAAGUGGCCCUAAAUGCACCGCCCCAGGAGGAUAGCGUGGCCCGAGAGCCCGGGCGCUGGGAGGAAGGGAAGCGACGCCACCUCUCGCUCCUCUUCGAGAGAGGAGGCGGCAAAAGGGCAGCCCGCUCUGCAGGGAAGCGCCCGGGUGCGGGAGGAGGAGGCCCGGGGCGAAGAUGAGCAGCCGCUUCUCAGAGGGAUUUUCGAGAUCAAGAAGAAGAGCUGCGACGUGGUGCUGAGUGCCCAGAGGCUGAGGUGGAGCCCAAUCCAGCCUGAGAGCCCCGUAGGUCGAUCCAGCAUGCCCUUGCAGCAUGGAGAGGAGUAUGUUGAAAUGAAAGACGUAUUUUCCGUAAAACUGAAACGUCGUCGUUUUGUUGGGCAGCCAAAAGGUGGCUUUUUAUUAGGUAUCACACUGUUUGUGUGUCUAAAAAAAGAAGGAAAUAAACUUAAGGAUUCUGCCAUCCAUCUAAAUAACAAAAGUGAAGACCACUGUCACUUGUGGUUUCGGUAUUUGAAAGAAAUAUUGAAUGGCUUUCCAAAUAGGCCAAAGUCAUUAAAAGUGUUUGUCAAUCCAAAUAGUCAUAGAAAAGAAGCUACCCACAUUUAUUAUGAACAAGUUGCACCUCUCUUUAAGCUUGCUGACAUCAGAACUGACGUUAAAGUUACUGAAUAUGAAGGACAUGCUCUUGCAUUGCUUAAGGAAUGUGAUCUAAAGCCAUUUCAUGGGGUGGUCUGUGUUGGUGGAGAUGGGACUGCCAGUGAGGUUGCUCAUGGUCUUUUGCUUAGAGCCCAGGUGGAUGCUGGAAGGGACAGUGAUGAUACACUGGUACCAGUUAGAGCACAACUUCCUCUUGGAAUAAUACCAGCAGGUUCUACAAACAUUUUGGCACAUACUCUGAACGGAGUCCAACAUGCACUAACAGCAACAUUGCACAUAAUAACGGGGCAUCUACAAUCGGUGGACAUGUGCACUUUCAGUAGUCCAACCAAACUACUUCGCUUUGGCUUCUCUUCUAUGUUUGGUUUUGGGGCAAGGACUCUGGCUUUGGCUGAAAAGCAUCGUUGGAUGCCAUCAAAUCAGCGAAAAGAUUUUGCUCUGAUCAAGACACUGGCAAGUCUGAAGCCAGAAGAUUGCGAAUUAUCAUUCCUGCCUUUGAAGCAUGUACAGCAAGAUGCCCAGGAAAAUGAUAGAAAGAAGCAAGAGACACUUAAAUCUGACAACGGGGAUCAGUGGCGCAGGAUGCAGGGUCACUUCCUGAACGUGAGCAUUAUGGCAAUCCCUUGCCUCUGUUCAAUGGCACCAAGAGGCUUGGCACCUAAUACCAGAUUGAAUGAUGGAAGCAUAGCUCUUAUUGUUGUACGAAACACUUCUCGUCCAGAGUUUGUUAAACAUCUGAAAAGAUAUGCCAGUGUGAAAAACCAGUUCAAUUUUCCUUUUAUUGAAACUUACAUUGUUGAAGAAGUAAAAGUCCAACCAAGAACUAGAAAGGGACAUGUCACUGGAGAUACUUUGAAUUCUGCAAUGAAGAGCUAUCCUUGGAAUGUAGAUGGAGAGUUAAUGGAAUGGGCAUCAGAAGUUCAUGUUCGGGUACAUCCUCAAUUAAUUAAUCUGUAUGGCGGGAGUAUUGAUACAUUGGAUAAUCCAAAAGGAUCAUGCAGCUGUCUUUAGAAGUAAU